UUUACCUGCGACAGAUGGGGGGUCAGGUGUCGUCAGUGGAGGGGGUCCAUGUGGUGGUGGUCGGCGGCGGGUUCGGGGGCAUCGCGGCCGCUCAGCAGCUGAAGUCUGAGGGACUGAGCUUCACUCUGAUCGACCUGAGAGACGCCUUUCAUCACAACGUGGCGGCGCUGCGAGCCUCCGUGCAGCCCGGCUUCGCUCAGAGGACCUUCAUCCCCUACGCUGAGACGUUUGGAGACAGUUUUGUUCAGGGCCGAGUGGAGAGAGUGGACACCGAGAGACAGACAGUCAUCCUGCAGGGAGGGAGGGAGGUCCAGUACUCCCACCUCAUCCUGUGUACUGGGACUGACGGUCCGUUCCCCGGGAAGUUCAACACGUUGGCGUCUUAUCAGACCGCCGUCCAGACGUAUGAGGACUUCGUCAAACAGGUCCAGGCUGCAGACUCUGUGUUGGUUGUGGGAGGGGGGUCGACCGGCGUGGAGAUGGCUGCUGAGAUUAAGACGGAGUAUCCAGACAAGAAGGUGGUUCUGAUCCACUCCAGGAUCGGACUGGCCGACCCGGAGCUGCUGCCCAGCGUCCGACAGCAGGCCAAAGAGGUUCUGCUGGAGAAGGGAGUGGAGCUGCGGCUGGGACAGAAGGUGGCGGCUCUGUCUGAGCUGCAGCUGAACGUCACUCAGAGGAACAUGGAGGUCUCCACAGAGCGAGGAGAGACUCUGACCACAGACCUGAUCGUCUGCUGCACCGGACUCAAGGUCAACUCUGCCGCAUACGCCUCCAGCUUCUCUGACUGUCUGACCGACAGCGGAGCUCUGAAGGUCAACCAGCACCUGCAGAUCCAAGGUUUCUCCAACAUCUUUGCCGUGGGCGACUGUGCCAACGUCAAAGAGCCCAAGAUGGCGUACCACGCCGGACUGCAUGCCGCCGUCGCCGUUAGCAACAUCACUAACAGUCUGAGAGGGAAGGAGCUGACGUCCUAUCACACAGGUAACAUCACCAUGUUGCUGGCGAUGGGCCGAAACGACGGCGUGGGUCAGUUCAACGGACUGAAGCUUCCACGAAGUGUCGUCGCUCUGGGGAAGAGUCGAGAUCUGCUGCUGUGGAAGAGCUGGAGGGAGAUGAAGCAGACACAACCCUGACACACACACACACACACUCACUCACACACACACACUCUC